UCUAUCUGUCAGGCGGUUACAGGCACCACCGCUUCCCUUAAUCCUGUCCCCUUCGUCGCCACGGUCAACCGCGCCGCCCCCGGCGACUCGUCGAAUGCGGCCGUUCCGAGGUUGCCGCCUGCCGCUGCCAUCACCCCUGUGAACGAAACCGAAAGGGAUGCGCAUCGGGCCCUCUGCUUUUCUCCGUCGCGCGGUCUCCAUGUCCUCCCACUACAAGCACCGAGGAUCCCCUCGGCCUCACCGCGGAUACUCCUCCCGCCCCUCGCCGCCGUACCCCUACGCCGGCGCCGAGCACGUCAGCGGCGACUCCCACCGCAGCGCCGUCCGCGCUCCUCCGCCGCAGUACGGACACGGGCCGCAGUUCCAGUCCCCGCCGUACGGGUACGGCUACGGCCAACCGCAACCACAACCGCCGGUUCAGCCUUACGGGGCUGUGCCGUACAACUACAGCUAUCCGCAGCCGCCGUUGCCGGGCCCUCAGUACGGUCACUGGACCCCCAAUCUGUACGUCCACGAGCUUCCCAAUCAGCACGGCCACGGGAUUCCCAAUCAGUACAGUCACUUGCAUCAGCAGCCGUAUGGCAUUGUGCCACCGAAUGCUGGGUUCCGGCCUGGGGCGCCGCAACCGCCUCCCAGGCUUCCAGAGUACAGACGACAGUGGCGCUAUGUGCAGAAGCCUCAACCGCGACAAGCUGAAAGGUUUAAGGUUCUGUCAUACAAUAUACUGGCGGACUAUCUGGCUCAGGAACACCGAGAUCUUUAUGAAAACGUACCAUCAAACUUCAUGAAUUGGAACUGGCGUAAGAGACAGAUAUUAUUCGAGAUUGGCUUGUGGAAUCCAGAUAUUCUAUGUCUUCAGGAGGUUGACAAAUUUACAGACCUGGAACAAGAAAUGGCAACCAAUGGAUUUAGCGGCAUAUGGAAGAUGCGGACUGGAAAUGCUGUUGAUGGAUGUGCCAUCUUUUGGAGAACAGCAAGGUUUCAGUUACGAUAUAAAGAGGACAUCGAGUUCAAUAAGCUUGGACUUAGGGAUAAUGUUGCACAGCUUUGUGUUUUGGAAUUCUUGGUUCAAGGAAAUGUGCAAACUGGAUCUAUUCACUUGUCUACAAGGCCUAGCCAUCCACAACAAGCUAAACAAGUUGUUAUAUGUAAUAUUCAUGUUCUUUAUAAUCCGAAGAGAGGGGACAUCAAACUUGGUCAGGUAAGGACACUUCUUGACCGAGCUUAUACUGUAUCUAAGAUGUGGAAUGAUGCUCCGGUAAUACUCUGUGGGGAUUUCAACUCUACACCGAAGAGCCCGCUGUACAAUUUUAUAUCAGAGCAAAAGUUGAAUAUCUCUGGGCUUACAAGAUAUGCUAUAUCAGGGCAGCAAACUAGUAGUUCACAAGGGAUAUAUAGUGGUUCUAACAAAUCUUAUUAUAAAUCCUGUCCACCUUCUCACACGACCAAUGGUAGAGGGGGGAGAAUAAUUCCUCUAAACGGCCAUAAGCCUCCAAGUGAAGCCAAAAAUUUGACCAGAGAUUCUUGCCUUGCUGGAAGAGAACCUGUUUUGGCGGAAAAUGCUUCAACAUCUUGCUUGAACUCUGAAUCAAACAAUUGUUUUGGCAAUAGCCGACCUUGUUCUGGCUCUACUAAUCUCGAUGAUCAAGGAUUAUCAAGCUGCUUGGAAGGUUCUGCAAAGGAUGCCUGUAAUUCUGAUGCCGAAGCCCAUGCCAAGGAAACUAAAGGUGAAGAAGGUCUGACUGUUGACAACUCCCGCGAAGAAUGUUUUGGAGAGACCAAAAUCGAACCAAAAGAGGAACCCGACUCUGCUGACUUCCUGUAUUCACCAACCACAGUAUGUGAUGAGAUCCUAAAGUCAAACACAACUGAAACAGUUGAUAGCGGACAUGUACUUUCAUCUAAUGAAUCAUCUGGGCUUAAAGAUUUUGUCCAAGAACUAAGAGGUAUUAGCAGUAAUGAUUCAGAGGUCCAGGGAGACUUGUCUGGUGAUGUGGUUUCUGAAGAUGUUACAUGUGGUUUUGAAAGAAACAAUGUCCAGUCGGAUACAUUGUUGAAUGUAUCGAAAGAUAAACCUUGUGAAAAGGGAAGGGGCAGCGAAUCUGAGUCUGUUCAUAAUGAUUGUAGAAGUUGUGAGUCAGAAUCAUCCCAGUCCAGUACUUUGUUUACUCACACACUUCAUAAAGCCAGUAAUUUGAGGGUAGAAGAAGAGAUUAAUACUGAACCUACUCACUUAGCACCCCCAGUAGAACCAAUGCAUCAAUCAACUUAUGCUACUUCAGAUUCCUGUGACAAUCGAUGUACUCCUGAAGUAAUCAACAAACAUUUAGAAGAAGAGUUUGGAAAGCAUGCUCGUGCUUUUGAGAAUGAUGUCUCAGCUAAUGAACUUAUGUGCUCAGACGUGAAUUCUGACCCAACCUUCUUCCAAGAGUUCUUUGGUGAUACAGAACGCCUACAUGUAGAUGAAGACCACCUGCCAACAAUUUCAAAUGGUUUACCACAUGCUCAGAAGGUGGUUACUUCUUGUGGAAGUUAUCAUAAUGAUCCGUUCAGGUGGACAGUGGAUGAAAUUAGAGCUGCUACUGGGAAGGAAGAAUGUACUAAUGUGGAACAUAAUUUGAAAGUAAGGAGUGUCUACACAGAUGUGGAGGAUUUUGAACGGACAAAAGAUGCCAAUAAGGAGCCGUUAGUAACUAGUUACAACAGAAAAUUCAUGGGGACAGUGGAUUAUAUAUGGGUUUCCAAAGACCUUCAGACUGUUAGCGUACUUGAUACAUUUCCCAAAGAGAUUUUGAAGCAAACAAGUGGGUUCCCCACAAAGAAAUGGGGAAGUGAUCAUAUUUCCCUUGCCUGCGUACUGGCGUUUACAAAAUGAUGGAGGGAGAGAUUUCAUUGGUAGUGAAGGCGCCUGGAUGACAAGAUAGCACAAACCCCAAUAGAAGAAACAUAUCCGGAAACAAUCAAUGACCAUUUCACUGCCAAUUUGUUGUAAUUAUACAUGGAAAACAAUUCCUCCAUUGCUAGGCCAGUUGACAGAGCUCGCCUCCUUUUAUUUUUUCAGCAGCUUCCUAAUUGUACAUGAGACGGUAACUGAUUCAGGUUUUCAUAGUAUGGUUUAUUUUUCACCAGAAAUGUCACUGCGUGACUCAUAGUGGAAAGUUUGUCCUUUAGGGACUUUGAAUUCUUUGAAACAAAAAGCAGGUUUGGUGAACCUUUGCUCACCUGCGCUGCGUGCUAGCCAAAUGUGAGUUGCUACGGGAAUUAAAUUUUUGUAUUUUGUUAUGGAAGUUUAUUUUUUGUUGCA